UUGUCCCGCCUGUUUCAUAAACCAUACUUAUUUAUACGACCAUUUCAUCAAAUUUAUCCCUAAAAAAACCUAAUUUUCCCCCCAACUUAUCCUAUCUUUAAUUUACUUACGUUUCUCUCUCUUAUUAGUUAUUACUCAACCAAAUUAAAAUUCCCUCUCUAUUUUUCUCUCUCCUAAAUUUCUGAUGAAGAAAUCACAAAUGGGGGAAAAACAGACAGAAAAAGAAAAAGAAGCAGAAAUUGAAAAGCUUCCAACUGAUCUUCUCUCUCAUAUCUUCUUCUUUCUUACUUCUUUCAGUGAUUUAGCUCAGGCAAGCUCUGUGUCUAAGAAAUGGAGGGAAGGGGUGAAGCAAUCUUUGGGAAGAAGAGAGAGUCUGAGCUUUUCUGGGUGUAAAAUGGAUGAUUCAUCUACUUCUCGCCUUGUUCAUAUUGCCUUCUCUCUCAAGGAACUUGAUAUCUCGAGGAGUCGUUGGGGUUGUCAGAUAACUGACAUUGGCCUGUUUGAGAUAUCAAUGGCAAAGUGUAUUGGCAAUUUGACCUCAAUUUCAAUUUGGGGUAUGACAGGAAUCACUGACAAGGGUGUUGUGCAAUUGGUCUCAAGAGCAACUUCCUUGCAGCACCUCAACAUCGGUGGGACAUUUAUCACUGAUGACUCCCUAUUUGCCAUUGGAAAUAAUUGUCUACAUCUAAAGACUAUAGUGUUGUGGAGUUGCCGCCAUGUGACUGAGAAUGGACUUCUGUACCUAGUUAACAAAUGCAGGAAGCUGGAAUCAAUUAAUGUUUGGGGUACGAGGGUUCCUCUUGAUUGCUUCAUUGGCCUGCUUACUAUCAGCCCUGCUUUACAAAUCAAACCUACAGGCCAUCUUCCAAAUGCUGCACCUAUUGUUGUAUGAUUUUUCCACUUAAGUUGCCAAAAAUCUUAUCUUGCUCAUUCUCAAUCUAUUAUCAUGUACAUGUUUUUAAUGGAUGAACAGCAAAAACAUAAAUCUUUGUACAGUUUGUUUCCUAUUUAUUAUAAUCUUUGUAUUAUUUGCUAAAUAAGGACAAUCAACAUUGUAUCUAUCUAUUCAGCUGUUCUUAAUCUUUGUGUACAAUCUCUGUUUAUGUUCUCAAUAAAGUAAUAAACAUUUCUUUGGUUCUGAA